CCAGAGACUGGCUCAGCCGCGUGUGUUAACUAGCCUGGGGAGGGCAAAGCACUGAACUGGGGGACACCAGGCAGAAUCCAGUGGCAGGAAUUUAGGGCGAGGGAGCAGGAGGUCUGGACGCGGGACCUGGGAGACUGCAAGCCACCCCCAGGAAUGUGCAACUUGCAGCCGUUGUCAUGGUAACGAUUAGGGUCCCUCUUCUGUUUGAACACCCGAGGAGUGGGCUUCAGCUUGGGAAGGUCCAGAGACCUCGCCGCCGCCAUGGCCCUGUGGGGAACCUUCCUCAUUGCACUGCUCGUGGGCGCUCGGGCCGAGCUCCCCGGCUGCAAGAUCCGCAUCACGUCCAAGGCGCUGGAGCUGGUGAAGCAGGAGGGGCUGCGCUUUCUGGAGCAAGAGUUGGAGAACAUCACCAUUCCGGAUCUGCGCGGCAAAGAGGGCCACUUCUACUACAAUAUCUCAGAGGUGAAGGUCAUGGAGCUGCAACUGACAUCUUCUGAGCUCCAUUUCCAGCCAGAGCAGGAGCUGAUGCUACAAAUCACCAAUGCUUCAUUGGGGCUGCGCUUCCGGAGACAGCUUCUCUACUGGUUUUUCUAUGAUGGGGGCUAUAUCAAUGCCUCUGCUGAGGGUGUAUCCAUCCAAACUGGUCUGGAGCUCUCCCGGGAUCCCACUGGCCGGAUCAAAGUGUCCAAUGUCUCCUGCCAGGCCUCUGUCUCCAGAAUGCAUGCAGCCUUUGGAGGAACAUUCAGUAAGGUAUAUGGAUUCCUGUCUACAUUCAUCACCUCAGGGAUGCGCUUCCUCCUCAAUCAGCAGAUAUGCCCGGUGCUCUACCAUGCAGGAAUAGUGCUACUCAACUCCCUUCUGAACACCGUGCCAGUACGUAGUUCUGUGGACCACUACGUGGGCAUUGACUACUCCCUCCUCAGAGACCCUGUGGCUUCCUCCAGCAAUCUGGACAUGGACUUCCGGGGGGCCUUCUUUCCCUUGACUGAGAAGAACUGGAGUCUACCCAACCAGGCAGUGGAGCCCCAGCUGCAGGAAGAGGAGCGAAUGGUGUAUGUGGCUUUCUCAGAGUUCUUCUUUGACUCAGCCUUGGAGAGCUACUUCCGGGCAGGGGCCCUGCAGCUGACACUGGUUGGGGACAAGGUGCCCAGUGAUCUGGACAUGCUGCUGAGGGCCUCCUACUUUGGGAGUAUUGUGUUGCUGUCCCCGACAGUGAUCGACUCCCCAAUGAAGCUAGAGCUUCGGGUCUCAGCACCACCGCGCUGCACUAUCAAACCCUCGGGCACCACCAUCACUGUCACUGCCACUGUCACCGUUGCCCUGGUUCCACCCAACCAGCAGGAGGUUCAGCUGUCCAGCAUGAUCAUGGACCUGCGUCUUGGUGCCAAGAUGGCCCUGCGGGGGAAGGCCCUUCGCGUGCAGCUGGACCUACGCAGGUUCCGAAUCUACUCAAACCACUCUGCGCUGGAGUCCCUGGCACUGAUCCCCUUGCAGGCCCCUCUAAAGACUAUGCUGCAGAUUGGGGUGAUGCCCAUGCUCAAUGAGCGUACCUGGCGCGGAGUGCAGAUCCCACUACCUGAGGGGAUCAACUUUGUGCAUGAGGUGGUGACAAACCACGUGGGCUUCAUCACCAUUGGCGCUGACCUCCACUUUGUCAAAGGACUGCGAGAAGUGAUUGAGAAGAAUCGACCUGCUGAGCCCACGGACGCCCAGGCAUCCAGAGCCCCACCACCCUCUUUGGCUGCUGUCUAAGCCCGUAUACUAGCAGCGGCAUUCAGGACUCCAGUGACUCGUAUGGUCCUCCCUAAGUCCUUCCGCACCUGCAGUAUCCUUUCUAACCCUCAGUGCCACAGACAAGACAGGGUUUUAAGGUGUACCCAAUUUAAUUUCAUAAUUACAGUCAAUCCAAUAUAAUCAAUAUAAUGGGGCAGCUCCCUCUUUGGGUUUUCCUGA